AUGAAGGCUACCAGCAGUCACAGCCGUCUCAGACUUUGCGCACUGUUAUGGUUGUUUGUGCUGCACAUAUCCACGCGCGGUGACGCAAAUAUGGCCUCUCCGUCACAUUUUGGCUUUGCAUCAACGGAAGAUCGCCUAAAUCGAAGCCCAAAACAGAGGAACUCAUACCACAGACCUCUCAUAGAAAGCCAAAGUGAAGACCAAAGUAUGCGACUAAUGUUAAACUUAUACAGGACAGCGGCGGAUCCAGAUGGAAGACCAAAGCAUCACAAAUUAUUUGGGUCCAAUACUAUAAGGUUGCUGCAAGCGACUGCCACUGAAAAGCACUUUUUCGCAACGUCAAAUGACCUUCAGUAUACCUACGCUGUGAAUUAUGAACUGAAAAACCUCUCGUUGGACAAACUCCUUAGGGCGUCUUUUAUGCACCUGAGGUCUCCUGUGUCAUCCCAUCGUCCUUUUAUCUGUAAGGCUUGGGUCACCUCUUCUCCAAAUCUUCCUAAGGGUAAACCUGUCACUAUGGGUCCUCGAAGGUUAUGGACUGAAUCUGAUGUUACAAACCACGUGUCCCAGUCAAAGGGUGGCCACGUAUCCCUCAUUGCCCAUUAUCGAUGCACAAAAUCAGACCAUGCCAAGUCAGUUGUAAGACCUUAUGCACAGAAAAAAAAUUUCCCAUCUCAAAACCACCUUAGAGCUCCUGUUUUACUGCUCUUCUUGGAGGAGAACAAGGAAAGCAUGGAGUGGAUGAAGUAUUUCACGCCCCUUUCCCACCCCAGCAUAAAGACCCGCCAGUCUAGGGCGCUCCGCAGCAUCGUUUCUGACAUCCCUAACUACAAGCAUGGGCCUAACAGUGUUUCCAAAAACCAGUGCAAGCUGCAUUCCUACCGUGUGGCCUUCAAAGACCUAGGAUGGGACCACUGGAUCAUUGCACCCCACAAGUACAAUCCUCAUUACUGUAUGGGAGACUGCCCUCGUAUUCUCCAUUACGGCUACAAUUCGCCCAACCACGCAAUCAUGCAGACAUUCAUCAGUGAGCUUGGCGUUGCAGAUAUCCCAUUGCCCUCUUGUGUUCCGUACAAGUACAAGCCUAUCAGUGUGCUGAUGAUGGAGAGUAAUGGAAACAUAGUUUAUAAAGAAUAUGAAGACAUGAUUGCAGAUUCCUGCACCUGUAGGUGA